UAUUUUGAACGGACCAGACCGGAUGUUGAACGGACCAGACCGGAUGUGUUUCUAGUCACGUGACUUGGUUACUCGCUCAAGCUCGCUGCCUGUUUGUUUGGCGCAGCACAGAUCCCGACUUAUUGUGUAAAUUAUUAGGUGUAGGGCAACUCAACCAGUGAGGGUGUUUGGAAAAUGAUCAUCCCGGUCCGGUGCUUCACCUGUGGAAAGAUCGUGGGUAAUAAGUGGGAGAUGUACCUUGGCCUCCUCCAGGCUGAGUACACGGAAGGCGACGCUCUUGACGCCCUGGGUCUGAAGAGGUACUGCUGUCGGAGGAUGCUCCUCUCUCACGUGGAUCUCAUCGAGAAGCUGUUGAAUUACGCUCCCCUGGAAAAGUAGUUCUGACUUGCUCCCUUCAAACAAGAAUGUUUUUUUUUUUUGAUAAGUAAAGCUGUUAAAGCUGUGGGAAUCGGUGGUUUUCAGUACGACACGGUGAGGAUGGAUGACGGCAUUUUUUUUUAAAUGCUGUGCGAUCGAGCCACAAGGAACUACAUGCGAGUUACUUAUCGCUUAUGUCUACUACAGUAGUGGGGAAAAAAAGACUUAAUAGGUAAUAGGAGCGUAAAGGUCAUUAUAGGUGUUACAGUAAACCUCGGAUAUAUCGGAAAUUCGCUCACAACGGACAGAUAAAAAAAGAAGCGAUUUUUCUGUAAUGCAUUUCCAAUAAAAAUUCAUUGCAUAUAUCGGAUUUUUUUAUAACGGAUUUCGCCUAUUUCGGACAAAAUCUCCAGUCCCGUUCCAAUGCAUUUCCAUUAAAUUUCCCUCGCAUAUAUCGGAUGGCCGAAUCGUGACAGGCCGCUAUACGACGUCAUUUGCAGCGUUGCCUGCGCGUCCAGGUACAUUGGAAACAUAGUCAAGGAAGUGCCUUUUUAUAACGGAUAAAAUCCGAUUUACGCAUAUACCGGAUAUAAAUCCGAUAUAUGCGUAAAACGGACAUUUUCCGGUAUACGCAUAUAACGGAUUUCGCUUAUAUCGGACAAAACCAGUGGGAACAAUUGAAUCUGAUAUAUCCGGAGGCGUAUUUCGAGUAAGGAUCGACCAAUAUGUUUUUUGGG